CUCCCUCGCUGUCAUUCUCGUACUUUCCGUGGCCCCUUCGGCGUUUGCUGAAACGGAGAAGUGAAACUUCUCAACCUCUGAAACCCUAGAGAGAUUUGCAGAGACUGUCAGAAGACUCAGAGAUGUUCAAUCACCGGAGAGAACAGUGGUGAAGAACGAACCAAUUCAAUCGGCAAUGGUAAAGAAGCGCGUACCGGAGUGGCUCAACAACUCUCUCUGGUCUUCUAAUCCUCCAGACGACGACGAGCGUCUUCUCCGAUACGCUUCGAAACCUUCUAUUCCCGCCUUCCAGCCGCCCCCCGAACCACCGAUUCCUCAGCGUCCUCCCGAACCCCAACGACAGCCAGAAGAAGAGCCGAAACAGGAGACCAAAGAUUCUUCACGCGCCGAUGAACGAAGCUCUAUCUCACCUGAGGAAAUCUCUCGCCAAUCUCAGUUCUUAGCCGAGCUUUCGAGGAAAGUUAUAAAUUUGCGCGAGUUAAGGAGAUUAGCAUCGCAGGGGAUACCAGAGGGGGCUGGAAUCCGCCCUACCGUGUGGAAGAUCCUACUGGGGUAUUUGCCAUGUGAUCGUAGCUUGUGGACGAUUGAACUGGCUAAGAAGCGCUCUCAGUACAAGCGUUUUAAAGAGGAACUUCUGGUGAAUCCUUCAGAAGUCACAAGGAGGUUGGACAAAUCCGCUGGUCUUGAAAGUGAUGAGUCAAAAUGUGAACGGAGAGGCUUGCUACCAAGAUCAGAAAUUCCUCAUGGAGAGCAUCCAUUAAGCCUUGGAACGAACAGUAUUUGGAAUCAAUUCUUCCAGGACACAGAGAUCAUAGAGCAAAUUGACCGGGAUGUGCAUCGGACUCAUCCAGGCAUGCACUUUUUCUCGGGGGACUCUUCCUUUGCGAGAUCAAACCAGGAGGCUUUGAAAAACAUAUUGAUAGUAUUUGCCAAGUUGAAUCCAGGUAUUAGAUAUGUGCAGGGGAUGAAUGAAGUUCUGGCACCUUUGUUCUAUGUAUUCAGGAAUGACCCAGAUGAAGAAAUUGCGGCCUCUGCAGAAGCAGACACAUUUUUUUGUUUUGUUGAGUUGUUAAGUGGAUUCCGUGACAAUUUUUGUCAGCAACUGGACAAUAGUGUUGUUGGUAUCCGUUCCACUAUUACAAAGGUGUCAAAGCUUUUGAAGGAGCAUGAUGAAGAGCUUUGGCGUCAUCUUGAGGUCACAACUAAAGUCAAUCCACAGUUCUAUGCAUUUAGAUGGAUAACUCUCCUGUUGACUCAAGAAUUCAAUUUCGCAGACAGCCUUCAUAUCUGGGACGCACUUUUAAGUGAUCCUGAGGGUCCUCAGGAAACCCUGCUCAGAAUAUGCUGUGCCAUGCUGAUUCUUGUCCGUAGGCGUCUUCUUGCGGGUGAUUUUACUUCAAAUCUCAAGCUUCUCCAGCAUUACCCAUCGACGAAUGUCAGUCACCUCCUCUAUGUUGCUGACAAGUUGUGUGCACGAUCUGUCGAAUAAUCUCUAUGGCCAUUCUGUUUUUUCAUCUUAAUUCAUACGUCCCCACCCCCCUUUUUUUUUCUCUUUUUCUUUUUUGUAUUCUAAAUUUGUUCUGUAAAAUUACUAGCUGUUGAUGGGUUUAAUUUAACCACUAAAUUAGAGAGAAUGAUUUGCCAUUGUA